CCCUAAAGUAAUUCACUUCAAAAUAGACAUUAUACCGAUGGAAAGAAGUAACAAAACAAAGUAGUGACACUGAAAUUCAACUAAUAUUUUGGUUGUUCGCAAGUUCGUGAGGUCAUCUCGGAUCAGAUUGCAAGUAGCGCGCUUUGAUAGGACGCGAUGUUUCAUCAUUGGCCUCUAGUACUUAGGGGUCAAAAGCAAGAACGAGAGAAACCUAGCGGGGCAUAAUAAACAGUUGUUAACUGUGUCAGCGAGGUGCCUGGCUUCGUGUGUAACGAAGCAAGCAACACAGAGUGUAUGUACUGAGCUCGUGUGCUCUUGCGAUAACCCGAAGGGUUUAUUUACGUUGGAAACCUUUCGCGGCUUCUGCUCAGCUCAUCGAGUCGUCAACGCGUUUGGAACGUGCGUUUGGAGGUGAACAGGAGUAUCCACGCACAAGUCCACGAGUGUAUGUCUAUUUAAAAUAGACAUUGGGCAAUACCUUUUGUCAAGUGUUUAUUUAGUACUCCGUUCCAUGAGAUCACGCAGCAGUCACAGGAACUGAUUCACUUAUGGAAGACCUGGGGCAACAGCUGGUUUAUUCAUUUGUGAAUGGUAGUGCAGAACAGAAUUCCUGAGACAAGAUCAUCGUCUGUUUGGCUGCAGCAAAAUAACAUUUUGAUAAAUCUGCGGACGUGACAGCGUACCUACCGGUACAGAAGACGCUCAAACGGAUUUGGAAUUCAAUCGAGUGCCUCGAUUUAAAUUCAGAUUCGACAAAGCUACAUAAGAAGCUACUUGAGAUUCUUCAUAGGCUUAGCUGCUGCUUAACUGAUGCUCAAAAAGGAUAGAAAGCGUCCAUUCGAUGGCGUUGGCGACUAGGGCUACAGUCAUGGAACUCGUGGACUUUGAAGCUGCGAGAAAACGAGCGGACGAACGCCUGAACCAAGAACUUGUAAGAAUUCGUAACUUACCCAAGAAGAGUAAGAUCAAGAUUUGCAAUAAGCAUGGGUUAAAUCAUGCACACCAUAUGAACACAGGGCUGGUGAAGGGCUUGGAGAUUGACUUGGAUGUUAUCCAUAGAGAGAGGAGGAGAGUGGUAAACGAAAUGAACAAAAGGAAGAAAGUUUUCACAACCACCACUAAGCGCUCUUUUCCUGAUUUGUUACCGGUGACUGGACACGAAAAGCAGGGGGUACCCAACCAUAUGUCACCUAAACGAUUCCAUACCACGUGGAACCCAAACGACUAUUCUGACACAAAGUCACAAGAAAUCAUAGCUCAAGAGGAGCUUCGAAAAGAAAGACUUCUUAGACUGACGGAGCGGAGCAAACAGAGAACAGAAGACCUUAUAAAUAGCAAUUACAAUAAACUAAGGCUCUCGCCAGAUCCAGGAAUAGGGCCUUUUGUAACGAGACUCAACAACAGAGGAGUGGAGCUACGAAAGAGUUGUUUCCCUUCUCUUUUAGGGCAAUCCAAUCCAGGCAUAGUUCCGAAUAGAAUGCAUGCGCAGUACAAUGGAACACUCGGUAGCAUUCAUGAGAAAUGGUUUCCAAACGGGCAAAGUCGACCUGGUUCAGGAAGAUUUCGGGAAAUUGUCAACGAAAAGGUGAUUUUACCGUCGAUAAAGUCAAAGCUACACACCCCAGAACCCCGUCUUCGUAAAGUCGUGUUGAUGGCAACAAAACGGAAGACAGGAGGGCUUGCAGGGGAUAUUCAACUCGGAAAAAACACUUCUGCGUUUACGAAGCACUGGAUGUAGUAGUUACCACAACAGUCACUACCAUAGAAUUUGCAUCAGCAAAUAUCCACCUUUUAAUGGUUUAUGGCGUUUUACAUAAUUCUCAUGCAAUUUAUUUUUGUUUCUUGUUGGGUGCUAAAACCAAACUAAAAAAAGGUGUAAUGGUGGUUUUGUUAUUUAAAACAACCAGCUAUCAUAGCUACAAGAUUUCAUAAGAUGAGAUGUAAAUAUUUUCAGAUUUUUGUAAAAUAAAUGUUAAAACCACA